UUGCUCCUCCGGGCCGCACGCGUGCGUUACGCAACGUACUUGCAGGUUUUUGGCGGGGAUAUGGGCGCCGUUUUUUCGGUAUAAAAACCAUGCACUACCAAUGGUAGACAUUACACCAUCCUGUGUUCUCCAAAGGCAAACAUGAAGGUCUUUAUCCUCCUCUCGCUCUCCGCCGUCGCUCUGGCCAGUCUCGAGCCGGCUGGAUAUCGUCCUCCAGGAUCUGCUUCUCCAUCGGCCAGGUACCUGCCGGCCAGCCCCAUAUCGAACCAAUACCUUCCGGCCAGCCAUCACUCCUCCAGCUCUAUCUCGAACCAGUACCUUCCGGCCAGCCAUCACUCCUCCAGCUCUAUCUCGAACCAGUACCUUCCGGCAAGCCACCACUCCUCUAACUCCAUUUCGAACCAGUACCUUCCGGCAAGCCAACACUCCUCUAACUCCAUUUCGAGCCAGUACCUUCCGGCCAGCCGGUACUCGUCCGCACCUUCGAACCAGUACCUGCCUGCCAACAAGUGGAGCCAAGUGCCCGCUGUCGCUCCUUCGAACCAGUAUCUACCGGCCUCACCUUCGUCCUCGGCGCCAUGGGCCAGCUCUGCAUCCUCUCAGUCAGCACCUUGGGCCAAUUCAGCAUCCUCUUCGGCGUCCCGUUGGGCCGCCCCGUCGAGCCAGUACCUUCCGGCCGCUCAGAACAGCGUCCACAAGUCCUCGAUAAGCGUGCCUUCCAACGUCUACAUCCCAGCAAGCAGUCAUGGAUCGUCUUCCAGCUACUCGUCUCACAGUAACGCAGCUCCGUCGAGCCAUUACCUUCCGGCGAAUGCCGGGUACCGAUACGCCCAUCAGGAUGACGAAUCUGCGCCGGCUAAGUAUGAGUUCGAAUACGAAGUCAAGGAUGAACCCUCCGGCAAUGACUUCGGACAUCACGAGAGCCGCGACGGUGAUAACACUCAGGGAGUCUACACCGUCGUUCUUCCCGAUGGACGCAAGCAGAUCGUACACUACGAGGCUGACCAGGAGGGGUACAAGCCAAGGAUCUCGUACGAGGAACCCAAGCAGGGAUACAACGGCGGAUACAACCGUCAGGGUGGAUACGCUCACGGACACCCGCAGGGACCCUACUGAGGGAUUUGCCUCGGGAUUGGAUUAUGUGCCAGUAACAACGACGACCUAGCGAUCUAGAUCUUAAUAUUCGCGUGCUUAUUGCGUGCGCGUUUUUGUAAUCGUCAUUACCAUUCGCGCACGGUUUACUUCUCUAUUGUGUAAAUUAUUUUUUUAAUAAAAAAGAAUGAAUUCGAUUUGAUAA